UGGUGCAUAUUCAUAAUUCCACAUUUCCACAUGUCAUAAAAUACGUGUACAUAUUUAUAAAUUACAAUCAUUGAAAAUUGAAGUAGUUGCUGCUAAACUAAAUAACUAGUCCAUAAAUCUAUAGUGACUCAGUAAGUAUUUUCUAAAUAAACAACCCCAAAAGUUCUCACUUUUUUCCAUCAAUUAAUUUGCCAUUUCUGAUCUUUCGCCAUCUCAUAUCAUCAUAAUUACCUCUCAAAUUUUCCAUCCAAUACGCGAAAAGUUUAAAGAGUCUCGGAGAUGACGGACCUAAGUCAAAUUACCACCCAACCAUGCUCUUCUCUCGGCGUGCCUCCACCCAAAAAACACGAAGGAGAAACUAUUAAAUGCUUCCUUCGCAUCCGACCUCAUCUUAAAAAUUCUCUGGAAGAGGUCGAGCUCAUCAGCAUCGUCGACCCCAAAACCGUGAACGUCUCGUAUGACGCCGAUGGUCUCAGAGGGAACCGUGUGAGCAAGACGACAUCCUUCUGCUUCACCCAGGUCAUGGACCAAACCUCUUCACAAACCCAAGUCUAAGAUGAGGUCAUGGCCCCACUUUUGAAUAAAUUUUUUAUCGGAGAAGACAGCUUGAUUUUGUCAUUCGGGGCGACCAACUCCGGAAAUACGCACACAAUGAAUGGUCCAGCGACCGAUUCUGGGCUGAUUCCACGCUCGCUGCAAGCGCUAUUUUCCAAAUACCAAGGUCACAUUUAUUCUGGGGGUGACGUCCAACCGUUCGGACAUGAUGGGACCAGAUUUCUUGGGGUCGGAGAGAAGAAAGAAAUUUCCGAAAGGAAGAAAGCUCUGGUCCAGGCUGGGAGUGCUGAGAUGAGGUUGCGAAAUCAGAAUGAGGGGACAGAAAAUAAUCCGAAGUCGGACGGUGUGUCGAAAGAUGCAAAUGAUGGUGACCUCGCCACAUCAUCCGGAGGGACCGUGUUCGUCAUCUUCAUCUCCUUCCUGGAAGUUUACAAUGAAAAGCUGUUUGAUAUUUUCGCCCACGGGAGGAGAACGGAGGUUAAAAUGGUGGACGGGGUGGGAGGCUCGGUGACCUGCAAGGAUCUGACGGAAAUCCCAGUCUGUUCGGAGGACGAAGCAUUAGCCUUGUUCAUCGCUGGACAUCAGAAGGUCCAGAUUUCCGCGACCGGUGCAAAUGCGACGUCGUCGACGUCGAGGUCGCACUCGUUCUUCAAGAUUCAGGUGGUGGAGUUGGAAAACAGGGGACGACGCUUGGCAGCUGUCCGGACGACUCAGCUAACUUUUUGUGAUCUCGCGGGAUGCGAGCGAGUCGACCAGACCCACAAUUCGGGAGCGCAACUGCGAGAGUCGGCCAAUAUCAACAACUCCCUGUCAUCGCUCCUUAAGGUUAUCCGGAUGAUAAGGCAAAAACAAUCGCAGGGACAACGCGACUUUGCCACCAAAAUCCCCUUUCGAGACUCCAAAUUGACCCGGAUAUUCGGAGGAUAUUUCGCCACCUGUGCCCACAUCACGAUGCUGGUCAACGUCAACCCUGAUCCAACCAUGGCGCCCUCAACAAUGCAGACGUUGAAGAACUCGGCAAUAAUAAGCCAGGUGGUGACGAAGCCACUCCGACCUCCACCCCAAACUUUGGGAGCAUCCUCCUUCGUCCGCCAAAGGUCUGUCGAACUUGAGAACAUUUUCGAAAAUGACGACUUUGAGAAUGUCUCGACAACCGCUCCACGCAGCAAAAGACAAAGGCUUACUUCCCCCAACAGUACUGAUAAUGAGCUGGGUCAUCUGCGCUCUGAGUGUGGCGACUUACGAGCGGAAACCGAGAAACUUUCCGAACAGAGGGACGCCCUUCUGGAAGCCAACGCCUCCCUCGAAGCCGAGUUGGCGACGACUAAGCGCGAGCUUGUCCAACGCGACCGAGAAAACGAUGCCCUAAAGGGGAAAGUCAAGGAUGUCGAGGCGAGCCUGGAGAUGAUGAGGGCAGGGGCCACGACACGAAGGAAUGCGGCGAUGAAUGGGGUCAAUCUUUACCCUCCGAUUGAAAAGAGAAAAAUGGUAAAGUGUCGAGGACCCUGCGGGAAGGAUUAUGAGUUCGGCUGGGAAAUUGAUCGUCACGAGGUGCAGAAAUGUAGGGUCGUCAAUAGUGCGUCAGAACUUCAAGAAAAGGGCAGAACCUUGUUCCCUUGUACACGCUGCGACAGGCCCUUCAUUUCAAAUGGUGACAUGAUGCGGCACAGAGUCAAAUGCGACGGCAACGAUUCCGGCAAACAAACCAAAGUCUGCAAAUAAUGUAGCAAAUUUGUACCAAUGGAUUAAUGCAUAUUCACCGUUAAAAUGGCAAGGUGAUUCGUACUAAUUUUGUACAAGUCGUAUGUACAAAAUUCAUACCAAAAUAUUGUCAAUAAUACAACUUUGUUUGUACAAAAUAUGUACAAAAUUGACACAAACAAGAACGUACGAAUUUGAUGCGAAUUUGGUGAUAAUUAAUAUGUAUUAAUAUGAUGCGAAUUUACUACUAAACUAGUGCGAAUAUAAUACUAAUUGUGUGUUGAUGGUACGCAUGAAAAAAUUCGUAAUUUAUUUUUUUCACAAAAUUUACUUCGACGUUGAAAUAUGUAUACAAAAGUAUUAAUAUUUUUUUUCAAUUUUGUAAUUCAUCAUCAAGAUUGCAUACAUAAUAUGUGAAAUUAAUCGGUUAUAUCAUUU